AUGAGUUUCAAUAAUUUUGCUUUGUCUCUCGACAUACCAGAGCCGAAUGGGAGUAGCGAACCACCUUUGGGCAAUGCAGCCUUCUUACCUCUAAGUUUAGAUUUGAACUUAGCUUGCUCUGAAGAUCCAAGCGUAGCCGUUAAUCAUGACCCUGUUGACCAUUGCACAAGAGAGUUGGAGGCUAUCAAAAAAGAGUUUGAGGGAAUGAAAGAAGAGGAGGAUGCUGAUCAUGGAGAUGAUCAUAUUAACAGCCAAACAAGUUACCCUAAUGCUACAUGCUUCGAAAGGAUAGAGCAUAAUGAGCCCCCCAAACUAUCCUUCAACUUCUCUCAAGGAACUCUAACUCUCGAGGUCCCUGAGUUUGGUUGUUGA